GUCGGCGGCUUUUUUUAAACUACAAUACGAUAUACUUGGCUAGUGUGUUAAUUUCAAGGUUAAGGGUCGUUGGUUUCUCCGCAGUGCAAUAGUCGCUUGCUUGUCUACUGGAAAGAACAAAGUUUAUGGUAUCUUACUCACAAAGACGGGUUUAUUACCAAAGAGGGCAAGCCUAUAGGAGAAAUCGGCGCCGACGCGAUAUUGAAAAUUUUGAUACAGAUGACUACAAAAUGGCUCUAUUUAUAUUUUUCGGAAUAAUUAUACUCAUGCUACUGUCCAAAGAUUCAUACGUUGAAAAGACUUCUAAAGAUUUCUCAGAUACACUCGUCGUACAGAAUUCUUGUCCAUCAACAUCGGAAAGGCACUUAUCACUAGAAAUCACUAUUUCUCCUACGAUAUCACAUCUUUCAUGUAUUUACAAUUUCUUGACGCCUAUGCAUGAUGUUUUAGAUACUACUGACAGUAUCCUCAGUGUAAAUUCACCUAUUGAUCUUCAAUUUCCUUAUGAACUACUCCCGUAUAAUAAUUCCACAAAUGUUUCAAUAAUAGAUUACACGAACCUAAACAUCCUACCUGAUCUUUCCAUUUGGAACGACAGAUCCAUCCUUAUUUUCGCAACACAUCGCCUCUAUUUCUCGUCAGAACCCACCUGUCCUGAAGUAUAUGUAUGUGCGAUUCCUAAUAAUGGACACAAUAGUACGACUUGUCACACUGACUUAGGUGAAGUUAGCGGGAGUUGCAAAGAUAAAAUCAGUGACCCUUAUUUCUUCAUGUUCCCACUUGCUACUGGUCUGAAAGUUUCAGUUAACAAUGUUGGUGAAUAUCCGGGUGUACAUAACAACAGCAUGCAUAUAAUUGUCACCUCUGGUUAUCGUUUACCACCGGGUGUUUUUACCUGUCCAUCGGGAUUUUUUGCUUGUGAUACAUUUGAUAAAAUAAAUGAACGUCGCAACUCUCCUUUGCAAUGGCCUUAUCGUAUCUGUUUACCCAUGCGAUUAUGGUGCGAUAAAGUGUUGAAUUGUCCGAUAAGUGGUUCGGAUGAGCAAAAUUGUUCAUCUACACCUCCUAUGAGCUUUCCACAUACAAAGUUUCAGAUUGAAAACGAAUAUCGAAUGCUAAAUGAUGUUUUAAAUCAAUUUGAGAAUACAAGUUUAUUAGAAUUUGUUGGUUAUCGGAAAAAAACUUCUAAACAACCGAUUACUAUGGUGCUGUCUGCAUACGUCAACACGUUUUGGUUAUCACUUAUACUAUUGAUUUCGAUAUUUAUUAUAUUUAUUAUAACUAUUUUAUUAUGUUUAUAUAAAUUAUUAAAACGCAAACGCGAAGCUGGUACAGUGAGAGUUACUGAAGUAAAGGAUUAUCCUACAAACUCUGAAAUCUGUAAUGAUCAUACAUUGAAAAAUAGUAUAAACAAUAAUCAUUAUUCAGAGAAUGCUUUCUCUGAAGAUCAAUUAAAUAAGGAAGAAACUUGUAAUGAUGAUUUUCAGAAUAAUAAUAGCAGUAAUGGUAGUGGUAAUAAUGAAUAUCAUAAAUUUUUACCAAGUGAUGUUAAUUACCUGAAUGGUUAUUUGAACUCACUGGGUAACCAAGAGAUAGCUCCACUCAUUAAUGUGACAGAAAAACAAUAGCAAGUAAUUAUGAUCGUGUGUGGGAUAGGAAGUACGCUUGACAAUACAUAUAUGGUUCAUUUGACUUUAUAAAUUAUCAAUUCAUUGUUAGCUGCAUUGUACUUCCUUUACUUCGUUUAACGUUUUCUACACUUUGCAUCUAUUAUCUAUGUUUGGUGCAUUUUGUGUUUUGAGAUUGUGCGUCUUUUUUAACGAUACAAAAUGUCUUAGUACCCGGUAGGAUUGGAGAAAUAAAUUCUUUUUCUUAGCGUAUUAUGUUUUAGUGCUCGACAAAAAUAUAUAUAUUCAUCUGAGUUGAUUAUCUUUCUGGUAUCCAUGUUGAUUUUCAUCCAAACUAGUGGUUAUCCUUUCAUCGUUUAUAUAUAAUUUAAACUUCCUCUAACUUACUAUUCAUUCAGCUAUUUGGUUCCAGAAAAAAACAUCAUUUAAAAACCACUCUGCCUAUCUGUUGUGAUUAAAAUUAUUUAUGACAUUUAAAUGUAUCUCUAAAAUCACAUUAUAUUUGUUCUCAUUCAUCCAUUUUGUUAUACUCACCAUGGUAUACCAGUUAUCAAGAUAUAUAUUCAUAACGUCAUUAUUUUGCAUUUUUAUACAUUUUCUGAUUAUUAAUAAUAAGACAAUAUUUUUGUCGUAAUCCAUACUUAAGGCAAUACUUUCUUUUCACAUAAAUUUUAUUGUCACAAUUAUUCACUGUUGAAAUUGAUUUAAAAAUCUAUUACUGAUGUU